CAAGGGCCAGAAGCAUGCUAACCUCAAGGUUGUUGUGGUACAAGGAAAUAGGACCAGCCUAUUGGGACGGGACUGGUUGAAAGCUGUCAAGUUAGACUGGAAGGAAGUGUGUGCUGUUGAGAAUGUGUCAGUAGCGGCGUUGAGAAGGAAGUAUGCGGAAGUGUUUGAACCAGGUCUGGGGGAGUUGAAGGAUGUGAAGCUCCGCCUGAACAUUGACCGAAGUGUGCAGCCCAAGUUUUUCAGAGCUCGUUCCAUGCCAUACGCCUACAAGGAAAAGGUGGAGAAGCAGCUGCAAAAGGACGUAGAGUCUGGUGUACUUGAACAGGUAACGCACAGCAGGUGGGCCGCUCCGCUAGUUCCUGUCUUGAAAAAGGAUGGCACUGUCAGAGUAUGUGCUAACUUAAAGCUGACUGCAAAUAAGGCUGUGAAGUGUGACACAUAUCCGCUUCCGCGCGCGCAGGAUAUUUUCGCGCAGCUUGCUGGGGGACGAGUCUUCACUACGCUGGAUCUAGCACAGGCGUAUAACCAGGUCAUUGUGCAUGAAGACUCGCGCGAUGUACUGACGGUGAACACGCCGAAGGGGUUGAUGCGUUACUCUCGUCUGCCUUUUGGGCUCAAUUCGGCGGUCAGUCUGUUCCAGAGGGAGAUUGAGCGGGUGCUUCGUGACUUACCUGGUGUGGUGGCUUACCUGGACGACAUCCUGAUCUCCAGCAGAACGACGGAGGAGCAUCUGAAGACGCUGGACGACGUCCUCGGAAGACUGAAGAGAGCCGGGUUGAAGGUGAGACCAGCCAAGUGUAGAUUCUUGGUGCCCAGUGUCGAGUACUUGGGUCACAUCGUUGACAAGGACGGCAUCAGGCCGACACCAGCCAAGGUGCGAGCCAUACAGUCAGCGCCAGAACCGAAGAACGUUAAGCAGCUGAAGUCGUUCCUGGGAAUUCUGACGUAUUAUUCCAGAUAUAUUCCAGACCGCAGUCAGAAGCUGGCGCCACUUCAUCUCCUCCUGCAGAAGGACGUGGCAUGGCGCUGGGGUGCAGAGCAGGCUGCCAGCUUCCAGUGGGCUCGUGACGUCCUCUCGUCUGGCUCCGUGUUGGGUCACUUCGACAUCAACAAACGCAGGGCACGUGAAGCAGUCUUGAAGGAGCUGCAUGUGGCGCACCCUGGCAUCCGCCGCAUGAAGGCUCUGGCGAGAGGCUGUGUCUGGUGGCCUCAACUGGACCAGCAUAUUGAGCACAUCGUGAACUCCUGUCAAGCCUGCCAGGAAAGCCGACCUGCACCGGGACGUUCUCCAAUCUGCAUGUGGCCGUGGCCUGAGCGGGCAUGGUCGAGGAUCCACGUGGACUUCGCUGAGCCGAAGAAGGGAAGCGUAUCACCCCGCACAGCACAACUUCCGUAGCCCCCUCAGAGCUGAUGGUGGGGCGUGUCCUCCGAAGUCGCCUGGACCUUCUGCACCCGGACCUGCGAACUGAGGUGAAGAAACAACAGGUGAUCCAAAAGGAAAACCACGAUGCUAAGGUGAGCACUGGCAGGAGACUGGAUGUGGCUGACCUGGUGUUUGCAAGGAACUAUGGUGUUGGCUCGAAGUGGGUUGCUGGUGUUGUCGUCGGAGUGGAUGGACCUGUGUCUUACGCUGUGGAGACUGAAGAUGGUAGGCUUUGGAGACGACAUAUCGAUCAGCUUCGGCAUAGGUCUGACGGCGAACUGUUUGCAGGACGUUCUGCGCUGACUUCGGAGCCCGGUGACAUUCCUGCGGAAGGAGGGCAGCCAUCUCGGAAUCCGACGGCGGCGCUGCAGCCGUCUCGUCCGGGGGAGUCUGGCUUGGACGCGUCGCUGCCGCCGUUCAGCACACCUGGAGCGGCGCCUAGCGCUCCAGCAGCAUCGCCAUCAUCUUCGGCGCCUGCUCCGUCGGAGCCCCGGCCUGAGGCAUCAGAGCUCGAGCCCGCGUGUGUCGCCGGCGACGCUGGUGCACGGACGGAAACCCCACUGCGUUCGGGGCUCGGAGUGGAGGCUGGUGCAGGUGUACAGUCUCGUGUGUUGGACGAGGGUGGUGGUGUUCGUCGCGGAACUAGAGUGAGAAAGCAGACUAAGUUUUUUGGUUCCUAGCUCUGUUCAUAUUACUUGUGUUUUGUGAGGGGGCAGUGUAGUGAACUAUGGUUCACGCCUCCCCCCACCUGUGGCCUGAGUGCGCCGCUGCGCCUCCCUUAUCGGCCGUCCCUGUAUCCGUCCCUGCGCGGUGUCCGUCCCUGCGUGUCGCGGCGCAUGUGCCUCGGGCGGUUUUGUGUGGCCUGGCGCGGCGGCCGGUCGGCCGGCCGCGCGGCAGUCUGCAGCUGGACCCAAUACAGCAAGGAGCUCG